GUCUUGUACGCAGGUUCAAGGUUAUAAAUAUUUAAGAACGGGCAGAGACGAUAAGACUUGAUUAGGCUUUGUUAUCUGAUAUACUGACAAGAAAAUGAAAAUAUUAUUGGUCGUUAUUGUCGCCCUGUGUUUGGAAAAUCCAUGUUAUUCCCAGGCUAUACAGUGUACACAUGGCUGGGUUGGACUUAAUACCAAAUGUUAUUUCUUCAGCAAUACAAAAGAAAAAUACACUGAUGCAAGUGCCUACUGUCAUGCAUUUGGCAGCAAAUUAGCAGAACCAAUUUCACAAGACGAAGUUCAUUUUAUAUCCAAAAAGGUUGUUGAAAGAGGACACGACUCUUCUUUUUAUAUUGGCGUGAAUGACCUUUUUCUGGAGGGAGAAUGGGUGUAUGCUUACGAAAGGACGCCACUUAAGAUCCAUCCCCCUUGGAUCAAUGGACAUGCUGAUAAUUCUCAUGAUGAGGAUUGUAUUGAGGUGUACUCCGGCCAUCAAGGGAAAUGGGCGGAUAUUCCUUGUAGCACACCUCUUUAUUACAUCUGCGAAUAUGACUAUGAUGCAGAACCUUUGAAUUUGGGAAGAAGAAAGACAUUGUAAUUAAAAAGAGGUCAUUAAAAUAAAAAAAAUUUAU